AUGGUGGCCAUCCAAUGCUCAUAUCGCUCUCUAUUUAUACCAUCUCGGUGGAAGAUGGUUUCCAUGCUAAGGUUGUUGUUCGAGUAGUUACCGAGAAAGUGAAGGAAAUUGGUAUGUUUGAUAGAGACGAUGCAGAAGAGUCACACAAAUAUGAAUAAAGUGACCUACUCCGACUCCUCAAACGGUGCUGAAGGACGGUCUAAAAUAGAUAGCGGUGCCGUGAAGCUCAAUUCAGAGCUUUCGCCGUCGGAUUCUUUUUCCAUGGAGUUCUCGAAACAGGCGGACGGAUUAGUGUUCCACGGAAGUAACAGCAAGGGGGGAGAUGAGGCGGACAAGCGGAGCUCGACAUGCAUACCUCAUGGGUCGGUGUCGGUAAUCGGGCGUAGGAGAGCGAUGGAAGACACCCUGACUGUGGCACCGGGAGAGCUCGAGUUGUACGAUUUCUACGCCGUGUACGACGGCCACGGCGGGGAUCAGGUGGCGCACGCGUGCCGUAACCGGCUGCACAAGUUAGUUGCCAAGGAGGUCGAGCACAGGAGAGAUGGCGAGGGAGGAAUCCAUUGGGAGAACGUGAUGGCGGCGAGCUUUUCGAAGAUGGAUGAAGAAAUUAACGUCGAAGCCAGCGAGAUGGCUGACAGGUCGGCAUCUUCAUUGCUGAGGUCGAUGGGGUCGACGGCCGUGGUGGUGGUGGUCGGCGCAGAGAAGCUUGUGAUAGCCAAUUGUGGCGAUUCGAGAGCUGUCCUAUGCUGCAACGGCGUUGCCGUGCCAUUAUCUCGUGAUCAUAAGCCUGAUAGACCUGAUGAAAGGGAAAGGGUGGAAGCUGCCGGAGGAAACGUCAUAAAUUGGGAUGGUUUUCGCGUCCUAGGAGUGCUUUCUAUCUCACGAUCAAUAGGAGAUUACUUUCUCAGGCCAUAUGUGAUCUCCGAACCAGAAGUGACAGUUUGGGAACGAAAAGAGUCGGACGAGUUCCUUGUAAUAGCAACUGAUGGGCUAUGGGAUGUGGUUACUAACGAGCUUGCCUGCAAGUUGGUGAAGAGGUACCUCAGUGGCAAAAUUCGGAGGAGAUUCUCAGAGGGAACAAAUGCGAGUUGUGCUAUGGAGGCAGCUUCCAUACUAACUGAACUGGCUAUGGCUCGAGGAAGCAAAGACAAUAUCAGCGUGAUAGUAGUCCAGCUGAAGAAACAUCACUGCCAUGGCAGUCUCAAGAAACCCAAUAGGUCAAGCCCUUAGAUCAUUUUCUUAUUUCAUCAUCAAGAAAACCAGUGCUCCAAGCUCCCAGCCCUUAGAUCUUUUUCUUAUUCCAUGCCUCAUGGGCGGCAAUACACACCCCUUUUUGUAGACCUCUAGGUCAAAACCAUGUUGUCUUCCUAUCCUACUAGUAAUCUAAGGGGAUAAGUUUUGCACUA